AUGGAUGAAAAAUACAGGAACCAGACGUGUGGACUCUGUGGAGACUUUGAUGGCAUAGCCAAUGGGUUCGUAGAUAAUGGUGCUCCAAUGUCAGUGACUGACUUUGCAGAGACCUACAAGGUGAGCACUCCAGGGGAAACCUGUAAGGUGGAAGAGCAGGCCCAGCUCCAAAUCUGUGGGAAUAAGGCCUUCUGUGAGAAUCUGUUCACCAGCACUCCAUUCAGCAGCUGCAAAGAUCUGUUGGAUAACAACGCCUUCGUUAAAAUCUGUAUGGCUGAUAAAUGUUUCAGUGUGAGCAACACUUACCCCAUGCUCUGCAAAACCGUCUCAGAGUACUCCAGACAGUGUGUCCAUGCAGGCGGCACGCCCCAACAAUGGAGGAAACCAAAUUUUUGUGAAAAGUCAUGUCCAUUCAACAUGGAGUUUAUUGAGUGUGGCAGUUCAUGUCCUGACACGUGCUCCACACCUCAGGUCAGCAAAACAUGUGACAAACACUGCCAUGACGGCUGCAGCUGCCCUAACGGAACCAUCUUUGAUGACAUCGGUAAAACUGGCUGUGUGGCAGUGGAUCAGUGUCCAUGUCUACACAACAAGCAGGUCUACAUGCCGGGACAGUCCUAUUAUCACAACUGCAGAUCCUGUGUGUGUAUGAAUGGUCGGUGGAAAUGCACAGAGGAAAACUGUCCAGGAACCUGCUCUGUGAUGGGAGGAGCUCACAUCAGCACCUUUGAUGGCAAAGACUACACCUUCCAUGGAGACUGCUCCUAUGUUCUAACAAUGCAAGGUAAGGGCUCUUCAUUCACGGUGCUGGUGAACCUGGAACGGUGUGGUGCUUCAGAGAGUAAAACCUGCCUCAGAGCUGUGACUGUGGCCUUAAACAACAAUGCUAUGGUGAUGGAAAUCCAUUCAUCUGGGAGUGUUCAGAUGAACCAGAUUCGCUCUGAGCUUCCGCUGUUGAACUCGGAGCUCAUAGCAUUUAAGCAGUCAUCCUUCUACAUCUUCAUCAAGAUCAAGAUGGGCCUCAGGAUUGUAAUCCAGCUGAGCCCCAGAAUGCAGGUCUUCAUCACAGUGGAUGCAUCCAUCAGAGGAACCACUUCCGGUUUGUGCGGAAACUUCAACAACAAAAUAAAUGAUGACUUCAUGGGGAUUUCUGGUCUGGUGGAGGGCACCGCUGCUGCAUUUGUUAACACUUGGAAAACCAAAGCCAGCUGCCCCGACAUAUCUACGAGCUUUGUACAUCCCUGUAACCAGGGCAUCAACACGGAGAGCUUUGCACGGUAUUGGUGUUACAAGCUGAUAGAUCCCAAAGAAGUGUUUGCACCGUGCCACCACGCCGUCGACCCUAACUCAUACAAAGACAUGUGCAUGUACGACAGCUGUAACAGUGAUAAAAGUGAGGACUGCAUGUGUACUGCUGUCUCUGCUUAUGUGUUUGCCUGCUCAGUGGCAGGAAUCCAUCUCAGUGGCUGGAGGAAAAACAUCUGUGGUCAAUACACAACAUGUCCAGUGAACACAGUCUAUCACUACAACAUGACCAGCUGUCACCGAACAUGCAGAUUCUUGGGCCAAGUGGACCACUCCUGCCAGGCCAGCUUCACCUCAGUGGACGGCUGCGGCUGUGCCGAGGGAACCUACAUGAAUGACAAGGGAACAUGCGUGCCCAGUGAAGACUGCCCUUGCUAUGAAAAAGAUGAAGUUAUUCCUGCUGGACAAAUUGUGUCGAAAAAUGGCCACAUUUGUAACUGCAGACAUGGAACUCUCAGCUGCUCAGGAGGGCAACAAAGAGGCCCAUCAAAAUGCUUUUCCCCCACGGUUUACUUUAACUGCUCCAGUGCUCAACCUGGAGAAUCUGGGACUGAGUGUGAGAGGAGCUGCAACAACCUGGACAUGGCUUGUGUGAAUACAGGCUGUACAUCAGGCUGCAUGUGUCCUAAAGGCCUGGUGUCAGACGGACAAGGAGGCUGUGUGACAGAGAACAACUGUCCGUGUGUGCACAACGGACAGGUGUUCCAUGCAGGACAAACUCUGACUGUGGACUGCAACACCUGUACCUGCCAGAACAGGAAGUUUAUAUGUACCAACAACGUGUGUGAUGCUGUUUGUGAUAUCUAUGGCGACGGGCACUACACCACCUUUGAUGAUAAGAGAUUUGACUUCAAUGGACAGUGUGAAUACACACUCCUCCAGAGCAUGUGCAAUGGGGCUCAGGGUAAUAAUACCCUCCAGAUCAUCACAGAAAACGUUGCAUGUGGAAGUUUGGGAACAACCUGCUCCAAGACCAUUAAGAUCCUGUUGGGGGAGAGUGAAUUCCAUCUAAAAGACGCCAACUUCCACGUGAUUAAGGGCAGCAGCAAGGUGUUCCCUGAACAGAUGCACAAGAUGGGUAUUUACAUGGUGGUGACCAUCAAGCCAGGACUGGUGCUCAUGUGGGACCAGAAGACCAGUCUUUUCAUUAAAGUCAGCCCACAGUUCCAGGGCAAAGUCUGCGGUCUUUGUGGAAACUAUGAUGGCAACAGUCAGAACGACUUCACCACCCGGUCCCUGGACGUAGUGGCAGACGUUCUUGAGUUUGGUAACAGUUGGAAGGUUUCCUCCAACUGCCCAAACGCCCAAUCAAUCAAAGAUCCCUGUGCCUCCAAUGGUUACAGGGCAUCCUGGGCCAAGAGACAAUGUAGCAUCAUCAACAGUGUCACUUUCAGCAGCUGCCAUUCACAAGUGGAUCCUGGUCCUUACUACGAAUCUUGUGUAAGAGACUCUUGUGCAUGUGACUCUGGAGGAGACUGUGAGUGUUUCUGCACAGCAGUGGCUGCCUAUGCUAAAACUUGUAAUGAAGCUGGUGCCUGUGUUAAAUGGAGGACUCCAAAAAUAUGCCCUAUAUUCUGUGACUACUAUAAUGCCCCUGGUGGUUGUGAGUGGCAUUACAAGCCUUGUGGAGCUCACUGCAUGAAGACAUGUAGAAACCCAUCAGGAAUCUGUUCCAACCUCACUACUGCCCUGGAAGGCUGCUAUCCACAGUGUCCCAUUACCCACCCCUACUUUGACGAAGACUCCAUGAAAUGUGUUGCAUGGAGCCAAUGUGGCUGCUUUGACGACAUGGGCAACCAUUACAACCUGGGCGAAAAGGUUCCAUCAAAGAACUGCGACACUUGUGAGAGGUUCUCCCUGCGUAUUCUCAAGUUGUUUGUGUGUUUAUAG